GCCCAUGUCAGCAGCACCGCUGACUCCCUCUCCAUCCUGCAGCCCUGGCUGGGCCAACCAAGCAUGAAGAGAGGGACGAGACUGUUCCUCCUACUGCUCCAAGAAUCACCUUUCUCCAGCGGAUCCCCACUCCCAUCACCCAGGACUCCAACGGGAAGCAGAGGUAAGAGGUUCUGCUAUGUGGCAUGGUCCUUUCCAUUCUUUGCAGGCCACCGGGAAAGGUUCAGCGAUCUGCACCAACCAUCCCCAGGAGAACUCCCGCUGGAAUGCCCGCACGGCUAACACCCAUCUGUCAGUACUACACAUCCCUUCAGGUCUCUCUCCACUUUCCCACUCCACCCCACCACGCCCGUCUCCAGUCAUCCAAUAUUUGCUGAGGGCUCUUGCUGGCUAGGAUGGAGCUUUUGAGGACGACUCCGCAUGGGGGUCUCCAAACCUUGGUACUGGCUGAGACCGAGAAGAAUGGUGGCUCACGUGUCUGGCUGAGGGAUCAAGACCCGGGGCUCAUGUGGCUUAAAUGACAGCAUCUCUGACAUUUGCUGCAAAGUGGCUAGAACCCGGGCUGUAAGCCCUCACGUGGACUGCAGUCAGGUCACGUGGCCUGAAGGCCAGCACGUGAAGCAGCCAGCCAAACACGAGGAGGGGCGGAGCAAGCCCAGCACGAGCUUCGUGCCCAUGGCGUCCAGAGGCCACGAGCGGACCGAGCGGACCACUGAAGCUUAUGGAGUCUCCGGCUUCACCGGAUGCAGUAAGACUCCUCAGCCUGAGACUCGGGACAACUUACAGACUCCCUCACAGGGCUCAGGCCCCCGUGCAGUUCCUGCGGCUGCCGCAAAUUGUGGCUCCUGCCUUCGGAGAAACGUGGUCAGCGAGAGAGAACGCAGGAGGCGGAUCUCCUUGAGCUGUGAACGCCUGCGGGGUCUGCUGCCUCACUUUGAUGGCCGGCGGGAGGACAUGGCAUCGGUCCUGGAGAUGGCUGUGCACUUCCUCCAGCUUGCCCACAGUAUGGCUCCUGGCUGGGAGCAGCUCUCUGUUGCUCAGCCUUCCCAGGAGAUGUGGCACAUGUGGCAGGGGGAUGUUGUGCAGGUAACCCUGGCGGAUCAGAUGGAGGACAGCAAGCCGGAGCCCGGGAUCGCGAAAGCAUCUGGUGCAGCUCGGGCGCAGGACCCCCCGUGCUGCGGGACGCUGGGUAUGGACCAGAAACCUGACACAGAGAGAAUGUCAGAGCUGCUGGAGAGAUCCUCCUCCCCUGAUGAGCCUUCCAGCUUGAGUCCUGGGCUCUCACCCUGGCUUCCUCACUCAUGGCAAUUAGCCAGCCCCCAGACAAGUGACAUCAUUUCUGGUGGGCUGCACCCCGUGGGAUCCUUGGCCAGGGACACUGAAUCUCCAGGCAUACUGGCUGAGGAGACCAACUUGGUCCUGACAUCUGUGCCUGAUGCCAGGUACGCCACAGGAGCAGGGUCUGACGUGAUGGAUGGAACACCCUUUCUGCUGGCCACCAACCCUGAUUGGUGGUUGGGGUCGGUGGAGGGCAGAGGAGGCCCAACCCUGAGCAUGAGCAGCCCUAUGGAGAGGGCAGAGGCAAGCUUUGUGGGAGAUCCUGAGCCCAGCUCCCAGGAGCUCCAUGCUGGCCCGGUAGAGCUGUGGGGCUUGGAUUUUGGCAGCCCUGGCCUGGCCCUGAAGGAUGAAGCAGACAGCAUCUUCCCUGACUUUUUCCCCUGCUAGUUGGGUUAUGUCAGCUUGGGGGCAGGGCAGCACGGAGCAUGUGGUUAGACUGUGCCCCUGACCCUUGCCUGGGCGUUGUAUUUGGGGUUUGGUUUGCAGCUGUGGUCUAAUUUGAGGGGGACUGGCAGAGCUGCUAGUGGAGUUUGUAUUAAAGAGGAAAGUGGUUUUCCUGGCAGAAGCACAA